CAUGCUAGGCUACGUUAGGCUAGCGGCGUGUCAUUAGUUGACGUACGCCGGCGGCUCCUCCAGCAACAUUUGGGUGCUGUGUCGGACGGAACACACUCCCUAGCGAGCGAGGCAGCGACGCGGACUCGGCGAACACGGAGACGGCGUGCGCGUCUCAUCCCGCCAGUGAACAUGAUUAAGCUCUUUUCCCUCAAGCAGCAGAAGAAAGACGAGGAAUCUGCUGGAGGAAACAGAACCGGAGCCGGCGGAAAAAAAGCCAGCGCGGCCCAGCUGCGGAUACAAAAAGACAUCAAUGAGUUGAACCUGCCAAAGACAUGUGAGAUCAACUUCCCUGACGACGACGACCUCCUCAACUUCAGACUCAUCAUCUCGCCUGAUGAGGGUUUUUACAAAGGAGGAAAGUUUGUCUUCAGCUUUAAGGUGGGACAGGGGUAUCCUCAUGACCCACCGAAGGUGAAGUGUGAGACCAUGGUGUACCACCCUAACAUAGACCUGGAAGGAAACGUCUGCCUCAACAUCUUAAGGGAGGACUGGAAGCCCGUGCUGACAAUAAACUCCAUCAUCUAUGGCCUACAGUAUCUUUUUCUAGAGCCCAACCCCGAGGACCCCCUGAACAAGGAGGCAGCGGAGGUGCUGCAGAUGAACCGCCGCCUUUUCGAGCAGAACGUCCAUCGCUCGUUGCGCGGCGGCUACGUAGGCUCCACCUAUUUCGAGAGGUGUCUGAAAUAGCUCUGCCCUGGCAGGAAGCAAAGAAGGACAUUUUCCCAGGUCCGAGCCCCGCCCCCUCCUCCUUCACAAUAUUUUUUUUUUUUCCAUGACUCUGCGUUCAUCAUUCACACUCGGCAGGACUCGGGGUGGGGUUAUAAGGCGGGCGCGGCCUGUGAAUGUUGCUGACAUCACAAACGCUUUGACUUUUCAUUUGGCAGGAGGCCACGCCCCCUCCUGCCACAGGAGGGGUUCGGAAUUUGCGGUGGGCGGGGCCGGAAAAGGAGGGGCUUGCGGGUUGACAUAAUGUACACCAAGACUGCAAUGAUUGAUGUUAAUAAAAUAUCGACUUG